AACAUUAAACUUGUCCAUUUAUGUAUUUUCAAAUCCUUGUCCGUCUAAGCCUCACGUCUGCCUACAUAAAUCCCCUCCAAACCCUUACCAAUUACCAUUCUCCUCUUGCCCCUUUGUAGUCUCUUCUUUAACUAUUUAUAUGGCGAACUUGUCAGAAUUGCCACCCGACCUCAUUAGUACAGUUGUCGAGCGUGUUAAAGUGAUUGAAGAUUUUAUUGCUUUUGGUGCUGUUUGUAUCUCAUGGCGAACUGCUGCCACAAGAGAUAAUUUUGAUGUAUCCUCACCACAAAUUCCAUUGCUUAUGCUAGCAGAUAAAGAUGAUGAUUAUAGAGAAUUUUACUCUCUUUCCAAAAACAAAAUUUCACGCAUAUUUCUCCCAGAAAUUAGAGGGCGAAGAUGUUUUCCAUCAGAGGGAGGUUGGAUGUUUACAGACUCAUGUACAGGAGAAUUUAACUUGUUUCAUCUAUUUUCCCGUACCCAGAUUCAACUUCCUUCACAAAAAGCCCUAAAGGAGUCUUUACAAAAAGACGCAGAAAUAACUCAUUACACAAUUGACAAAGCUGUCUUAUCUGUAAAUCCUUCUCUUACAUCAGAUUAUGUGCUCGUGAUUUCCGAUCUUACAUAUGGUAGAGGUGAUCUCGCCUUUUGGCGACCGGGAGACGUCAACUGGACUAAAAUUGUCAUGAGAAGAAAUGCUAGAUUCAACAGUCUCUUUCACUAUAAGGGUAAAUUUUAUGCUUUUAAUUAUGAUGGCGAGUUAUGGGUUUUUGAUGUUCCAGGCUGUAGCAUUCCUCGACCAAUUGUAGUGCCGCGUCGACUUACUCGUCUGAAAGAUCCUAUAUUACAUCAACCGGAUACUCAGUACUACUUUGUUGAGAUAUCUGGUGCACUGUUACUUCUUAUUCGAUUUUUGAAUAACACAUAUACUAGUGAUUAUGAAACCAUUAAGUUUAAGGUAUUUGAAAUAGAUAUAAUCAAAGAUCAAUUGAACGAGAUUAAUACUUUAGGAGAUUCAACAAUUUUUUUGGGACGGAAUGGAGCAACUGCUAUGGUUACAGGGCUGAAACCUAAUCACAUUUAUUUCACAGAUGAUGUAUUUGAGAGCUAUUUCGCCUUGGAAGCAGGUGGUGGAAAAGAUAUGGGGGUUUACAAUUUUGAAAAUGGAAAGGUUGAAUCUUUUUAUUCUGGGGUGUCAUUAAGUCCUGUUUGCCCGCCAACAUGGGUUAACCCAUCAUUCGGAUCAUAAUGCGGUUUUACUCACAUCAUAUGGCAGCUCUCUUUGUUUUGGUUUUUUAGCUAGUUAUUUAUCAUUGUUUUUAACAAAUUAUCAAUAUAAAGUUAAAUUAAUCUAUUUAUUUUAAUAUGUUGUUUGAAUGUUAUCAUACUUAAGCAAUUCUAGUUGUGAUUUCUCAAAAUGGUUGAGGCUUAUGAGAUACAGUUUGCAGAUAUUAACUCUACAUUUGAUUCUUGCAUCCCAUUUUGCUAGUUACGAAGUUUAGUAACUUUAAUGAAUUUGCUUUGAUCCAUGCUUCAAUUGUAAACUGCUGUAAAUAUCAUAUUUAUAACUGAAACUUUUUUAAUAAUUGAUAUUACAAACAACACCCUCUAAGAUUAAAAUCUUGUAGACAUCUAUAGUUUACAAAGAUAAGUCUUUUGCUUUCCUUAUAAGCAUCUAUGAGUUCUUGUUCUCCUGAUUGUUCUCUGUUUCUUCCUCAUUUUCUGCCUUUCUGGCUGUCUAAUGCAUCCAUAGACCCUGCCAUAUGUAUCUAAGUUCUUUUCUGCAAAUUAUCCUGAGUUUGAGCAUGCAAUACGUACUGCAGUCCAUCCAGAGCCAAGCCACUUUUGAUGGUGCUUUUGUUUUCCUUAUUGGUUACCACUCUGAUUAACAUGCUUGAGGAGUUCUAUCAGUUGAUUAACUCUACUACUCGUCCCGUUAUUGCUUCUCCUUUGUACUGGAAUUUCCAGUUCCCUCAACAUAGUGUCGAAGGCAGCUACCGAGUUAUUGUUGACUCUGUCUUCGUUUAAUACAAAUUUGGAGUUGAGGUCAACCACCAAAUUCAAUCCCGGCAUGGCAUUGAUAACAGAAGUUAAGCUAUUAGAACUUUGAAUCUUGUUAGUGUUAUCAACAAAUGUAUCAGCACCAUUAAUAUCGUCAGUUUUGUUUUCUUGUUCCCGGCAGAUUCUUGAAGACUGUUACCACAAGUGCUAGCUUCGGCUUCAUUGGUCUCACCAUUGUCAUUCUUUCGAACCAUCUCCUGGUUAUUCUCAUUGAGCUCCACAACUUCUGCGUCUAUUUUCUUUUACUCAACUUGCUCUUUGUCGUCGUUAUUUUCUUUAGGAGUAUUCCCAUCGUCCUGAGUACCAUCAUUUUCAGAAAGGACAGUUCUUUUCUUGCUCUUAACAGUUUAUUGUACUGAAGGUGGUUUGACAAUGACUUUGGAUUUUUUCUUAGACAUUUUCUUUUUUCUAGCAUUGCCUUCUUUUUUGGUUCUAUCUCUGAUGGAGGGGUUUUCUGUGGCAGAGAUCAUCUGGUUAUUAACCUCAUUGAUAGUAGUACUUCUUGUGCCUUGGUUGACUGUCUCCUUUUCCUCAUUAUCUCUGUAGUCAUCUAUACCAGCUUCAUGAAUGUCCUCAUGAUCCUGCUUUCCUUCAAAUUUGCUGGCACUUCGUGAAUGUUUUGCACCUUUAGGUCCCUUACUAGUUGGUACAAAGUACAGACUUGCUUAAGUGGUUUGCUUGGAUAUUGAUUUGGUAUAUGAUACUCUUUAUUUUCCAACUCUGGCGUCUGCUGCAACCAUUUUUGAACUUGCAGUAAGCUAGAGUUCUUUCAUUGUUUCCUGAAUCUUCUGAAAACCCAGGUAACUUUGUCCACCAAGACUAUAAGAAUAAGACAGAUGCAUGGAAAAAAUCACCUAGUUUUUUUUUUCUCUGCGACUUUAUGGUUCUCAACCACAUCAUUGACCAGUAUUCUAAUAACUAUCGGGCAAGUAUAUAACAACUGCGCUUCAAUCACAAGCUAGCUUUAUAUGUAUUAUCUUUAUCAAGAAGUUUAAAUGUAUGACAUCACUAUCGAUGUUAUGAAGCUGAGCUUUAAGGUCAAUGUAUUUUAAAGCUGUCCAAUCCUCUUCUGUAUCAGUGCAAUCAAAAUCUCUCAAAGCAGUGAAUAAGCUACUACCUUACUUAGGAGUGUAGCAAUUGGGGAGAAUUCCAAUGCUGAAAUGGAAGCCUGAGUUCCAAUAAGAUGAGCUAAGCUAACAAAGUGUUUGGCCUUGGAUGAGAAGAGUUCCAACUUGAACUGUUCAGAGAAAGAUGCAUUUUUGCAGAUCGGGUAUCAGGUGAACGAGAUGACAAUGGUGCAACUAUAAAAGUCAGGAUUGGAGCUUUCUGACUAUUAGGAAAAGCUAGCAUCGAUCCGUUCGCGAGUUAGCAGCUCAUCUUGCAUACCUAUGAAACCUUUCAGGUUCUUCCUUAUUUAUAGAUAUUCUUCUGACGUAAUGAUCAAAAGAUAAUACUAGCUAGUGUAUCAUCCGACUUCCAGAUACAUCAAUGGAUAUUCGGAUACAUAGGGGAAGGGUGUAUUCCGAGAGGGGACGGAUACGUAUGUAUCAUCGAGAUGUAUUCAGGGAUUUUUGAUUAUUUUUAAAAAAAUGAGAAAAUUUUAGAAAUUAUGAUAAAA